GGUCAUGGCGCUACCCGCUGGGCUACGAAAGAAGGCUUAAUUAAGGAAUGCUAUAUCGAUAUUGAUGAACCGACACCUGUAACCCAGAGAACACGAGCAGCAGGCUAAGGGCCAAGGUUCUGUCCCGGAACAAAACCAAUAAAGAGACCUGGAAGUGUGUACCACCCCUAUAGUCCCGAUCUUAGCACAUCUGCGCCACCAACUUGGUCAAUCCAGCUUAUCUCUUUGAUCCCCGUACUCGACUCAUUGAGGCAAUCACCGAACCCCAACGAAACAUUCAUUCCUCGAAGUGUAUUUCUUUGGCCUGGGUUCGCAGGCCAGGUUUCGUAAGGAUUUGUAGCGGGACUUCAAUUAUGCUUUUGGGUGUUUCGAUGCGCCCUUAUGUUCGUCUUAACCUAAAUAUCACACCGGGUACGUCGGAGAGGGUCGGUGCCGAUAAUCAAGGCAUACUGCGCGAUGAUUGCACGCACAGGCAGAAAUCAACAUUGGUAUUUGGCACUGUUCGAAUUUGGCACAAGUGGUGAUAAUUUUUUCUCAAAAGGAUUCUGUCCCACAUCGUCUCAUCUAGAUCUAUAAUGCUCGCAGCCCUGCGCCUCUCCACAGAAACUCGGCAAUCAACGAUUACUCUGCCGAAGCUCGCAGGCUCCAAACUGAGAGCGACGAUCAUGUUACCGGCGGUCAGCGUGGGCCAAGGGCAAAUAGCACUGGCCAUCUCGAUCUUCUUCGUGGAGAUGUCAUCUGCAACCACUUCACGCCUUGGCCGAGAAGCAUUCUUACGAUAGGAACCCCGGGACCACAACCAAGGUCAAGAAUGGAAACCGUAGGGUGCUGUAGUGGAUCGAGGAGCAGGUUGGCGUAUCGUUGUCGCGACGACUUCUGACUUUCUACUCACUGGAAAUACCCUUCCGUGAUACAUGGAAAAAGGGGGGGCAGCUCCGAUCAGUGAUAACGGUAGUGUCCCCAGAACAAUGAUAUUGUGGUAAAAAGCUCGGGAGCAGAUG